AGCAGCUCAUGUGGCAGUUCGCCAAUCUCUUUCUCAAGACUGAGACACCAUCCCAGCUAAUGGCCGGCUUUGUCUCCGUCGACUCUGCUCUCUAACCUUCAGUUUCUACGCGAGCAGAGGAGGGGGCUCUGGCAGGAAUUCCUUGGAUCUGGAUGCAGAGCAAGUUUCGUCUUGGUCGCUUGUGUUAGUCCUUCCUUUCCUGAUGAUCCAGAUCCCCUUGCAGAACUCUGAUCAGUUUAUUACUUUGCUCAUCGCCACCGAUUGAAGUGGAUCUGUGGAGUAUGGAGACAGGAAAAGGUGUAGCAGCAUGGUUUUCUCUUGGUGAUUGAUCGACAAUUUUAUGUUAUCUAUUUUCGUUAGCUUGGGCUGACCAUCGGAGUAAACUGCAUCUUCAAAAUGAUCACUAUUGAUUCCUAUUGUUAAAGGCUUCCCCUUGCUGGAAGACUGGUUUGUAAGCCUGGUAUUUUUAGGUGGAUCUCCGCCCUGUGAAUGCAAUUUUAUCUGUUUGAUGGCAACCGUUGUAGCAUCUUUGCUUGCAUCAUGUGCCAAUAAGUUGAAAGAUAUCAUUAUUGAUGAGGCCAUACUAAUCCUAGGGGUGAAAAAAGAGCUCAGAGAAGUCCUGCAAAGAGUAGAACUAAUCCGGUGCUGUAUAUAUGAUGCUGAGAAAAGGGGGACAAAAGAACUAGCAAUAAAUAAUUGGCUUGGUCAACUGAGAGAUGUUAUAUAUGAUGUUGAUGAAAUCUUGGACGUGGCUAGAUGUAAAGGAAGCAAGCUACUUCCUGACCACCCUUCGUCAUCAUCAGGCAAAUCAGUUGCAUCUAAAGGCCUUUCAAUGUCCUCUUGUUUUUGCAACAUUGGGCCACGCCGUGAUGUUGUUGUUCGGAUUAGAAACCUCAACAAAAAGAUUGAGAACAUUGCAAAUGACAAGAUAUUUUCAACUUUCAACAGUAGUACGCUGUCUACUCGAAAUGGUCCAACAUCCAAACUGAUAAGAAGCUCCAACCUUGUUGAGCCCAACCUUGUGGGGAAGGAGAUCAUACAUUCUAGCAGGAAACUGGUGGACUUGGUGCUUGCGCAGAAGGAAAAUAAGUCUUACAAAAUAGCUAUAGUUGGAACAGGAGGAGUUGGUAAGACAACUCUAGCUCAGAAAAUAUACAGCGAUCAGAAAAUAAAAGGAAACUUCAAGAUACAAGCAUGGGUCUGUGUUUCACAAGAGUACAAUGAAGUAGCUCUUCUCAAAGAGGUUCUUAGAAAUAUUGGUGUGCACAAUGAGCAAGGUGAAAGCAUAACAGAGCUACAGAGAAAACUUGCAGAAACAAUUAAAGGAAUCAGUGUUUUUUUGGUUUUGGAUGAUGUGUGGCAUUCCAACGUAUGGACAGAUUUACUAAGACCUGCAUUUCAUGGAACAACUGCCGGAGCAAUAUUAGCAACCACACGAGAUUAUCAAAUUGCAAAAAGAAUAGGUGUGGAGUAUACCCAUCGAGUUGAUAUCAUGUCAAUAGAGGUGGGAUGGGAGCUACUUUGGAAGAGCAUGAACAUUAAGGAAGAGAAAGAAGUGUGGAAUUUAAAAAACAUCGGGACUGAGAUUGUUCGUAAAUGUGGUUGCCUCCCUUUGGCGAUCAAGGUUACUGCUAGUGCUUUGGCAAGCAGAGAUCUAACAGAGAACGGGUGGAGAAGGUAUUUGGACAAAUUUGGCUCCCAGAACAUGCUCUCGGAGGAAAUAGAAGGAGCUCUGUAUCUAAGCUAUGAUGAGUUACCGAUAUAUCUGAAGCAGUGUUUCCUUUAUUGUGCUUUGUAUGGUGAAGAUGUUAUCAUCGAACAUGAAGUAGUUACCUGGUUAUGGAUUGCUGAAGGCUUCAUCGAGGAGCGGGAAGGACAACUGCUGAAAGAGAUAGCAGAAGAGUACUACCAUGAGCUAAUCCUUCGGAAUCUCCUCGAGCCAGAUAUUUUAAGUUGUGACCAGGCCAAGUGCAAAAUGCAUGACCUCUUAAGACAACUUGCUUGCAAUAUAUCAAGGGAAGAAUGUUUUAUUGGAGAUAUUGAAACAUUAAGGGGUGAAAAUCUGUCAAAACUACGACGUGUUACUGCUGUUAUCAAGAAAGAUACGUUAGUGUUACCUAGAGUGGAUAAGCUGGAGGUUAAGGUGAGGACUUUCCUAACUAUGAAAGGUCCAUGGAGAAUUGAGGAUACAUUGUUCAAGAGAUUUCUGCUUCUUCGUGUUUUGGUACUGAAUUACUCACUUGUACAAAGCAUCCCAGACUAUAUAGGAAAAUUGAUACAUGUACGCCUACUUAAUCUAAAUUACACUAGCAUAUCUUGUCUUCCGGAAUCCAUUGGCUCCCUAAAGAACCUUCAAGUACUGAGCUUGAGAUGGUGUCAUGAUCUACACUAUCUUCCUUCCGCGGUGACCCAGUUGAGCAGUUUAAGAUGUCUUGACCUUUUUGGCACAAAAAUAAAUCAGGUUCCAAAAGGGAUAGGAAAAUUAAAGCUCCUCAAUCUUUUAGGAGAUUAUCCUGUUGGUGAUGGAAGUGAUAAUGCUGUUGUACAGGGUGGAUGGAACUUGAAAGAGUUGUCUUCUUUGUCGCAGAUGAGGCAUCUUGCUCUUGUUAAAUUGGAAAGAGCAGCUCACUACAGUAUAAAUGGAGUGCUUAAGGACAAAAAGCAUCUAAAAGAAUUAGUACUAUCAUGGACUAAACGUGAAGAGGGGUCAUAUUCAGAAGAAGAUGUUAGCAAUACUGAGAAGGUCUUUGAGCAGCUAAUACCUCCAUACAACCUGGAAGACCUAUCUAUUGUUAGAUUCUUUGGUCGGCAGUAUCCCACCUGGUUUGGUACCACCUAUUUGUCUUCAUUAAUAUACUUGAUCCUUGUUGAUAUACCAUCAUGUGUGCAUCUUCCAGCCAUUGGGCAGCUAUCCAACUUGAAAUAUCUGAAAAUUGAGGGAGCAUAUGCAGUUACCAAGGUUGGGCCUGAAUUUGUUGGCUGCGAGAAGGCUGAUCACGUAUGUAAUGAGUUGGUCGCUUUCCCUAAACUUGAAUGGUUGAUCUUCAUGGAUAUGCCCAGCUAGGAGGUGUGGUCUUUUUUUGAGGAAGAAGCUGCUGCUGAUGAAAGGGGGGAGGAUGGAGCUGAUGAGAUUCGAAAAGAGGAUGCCCAAUCUGCAAGGUUGAAAUUGCUGCCUCGUUUGGUGGGGUUGGUAGUCGGACGUUGCGCAAAGUUGAGGGCUCUGCCGCGACAACUCGGAGAGGACACUGCCAGCUUCAAGGAGAUUAUUUUAAAUGGAAUAAACAGCUUGAAGGUUGUCGAAGACUUCCCACGUCUCUCUGAGCUCCUUGCUAUAGAGUAUUGUGAAGGCCUGGAGAGGAUCUGCUACCUCCCUCAAGUGACAGAACUGCGUGUACGUGGUUGCCCGAAUUUAAGCAAUGUAGAGGGAUUGGGCAGUUUGCAGCGCCUGGGGUUGGGCGAGGAUAUGGAAGAAAUACCUUCACGUUGGGUGCACGGGCUUCAAGAGCAGGACCAGCGGCUUCAUGGUGAAGACCUGGAUGUCUACACGUGGUCUAGCAGUUAGAUGAGUCAAGGUAUAUAUGAACACUACAAACUGGGUGGAUAUUUUCUAUUGUAUAUUUGAUUCUCUUAGCAGCCAUGAUUCAUGUUCUGAGAAUUCAGUUUUCUCCCUCAGUGUAGUCAUGCUUAAAUUGCAUCUUCAGUUGUGUGCCACUAUGUAUGCUUAUCCAACAGAAAUGCUUAGACCUUUUACAUAGUACUAUUCCAGAAUUACUACAUGUCCAUUCGCAGCAGACUGCAAGCGUGCAAGUUGUCAAGAGUCGAAAAAUGUUGCUCUUAAGUUGCUUAAGUAUUUUCCUUGUCUAGCCAACAUGAUUUGGAAACCUGUGGUGUUGUUUACAUUCUCAUAAUUAUCCUGGUAGAGUUUAUAACAUUGGCAUCACCAUUCACAGA